AUGUCUCCAUCCAUUUUGCACGAUUAUAAUGGCCCCUCUGCCUUCCUCGGCAAGCAAGCCAAUAUUCAGCAGAAAUCUGGCAGCACAGCACCGGCAGUAUCCUUUCCGUCUGGCUCAGAGUUUGUGCCACCACCCUCUCGUUUCGUUGCGAAGUGUCAUCCGUUGGAAAAGCAGAUCACAGCCGAAGUUGAUGGGUACUUUCUCACCCACUGGCCGUUCAAGACAGCCAAAGACAGGAAGAAGUUUGUCGCCGCAGGCUUCUCGCGUGUCACAUGUCUUUACUUUCCCUUGAGUCUUGACGAUCGCAUCCAUCUCGCCUGCAGGCUUCUGACAAUUCUGUUUCUAAUCGAUGAUAUACUGGAAGACAUGUCUCUCGAAGAGGGAUGUGCCUACAACGAGAAACUCAUGCCUAUUGCUCGCGGUGAUGUCCAACCAGACCGCAGUGUCCCUGUAGAGUGGAUCAUGUACGAUCUAUGGGAGAACAUGAGGUCUCAUGAUAGACAAUUAGCCGACGAUGUCCUGGAGCCGACGUUCACUUUCAUGCGUGCCCAGACCGACAAAGCCCGACUCACGAUUCGUGGCAUGGGUCCCUACCUAAUCUACAGAGAGAAAGAUGUCGGAAAGGCACUUCUCUGCUCUCUAAUGAGGUUCUCAAUGGGUCUCCAAGUUUCGCCUGAAGAGCUCGUAUCCGUUCAACCCAUUGAACAAAACGUUGCCAAGCAUCUCUCUGUCCUCAACGACAUUCUGAGCUGGGACAAGGAGCUUCUGGCUGCGCAGACAGGUCAUCCCGAAGGCUCGGCGCUUUGCUCGGCAGUCCAGGUUUUGGCAGACGAGACGUCUCUCACAUAUGCAGCAGCAAAGAGAGUGCUGUGGGUCAUGUGCCGCGAGUGGGAGUACGAGCAUGAAUAUCUUGUUGAGAAGCGAAGGCAAGAUGAGAGAUUUCCACAUAGCGAGAAUCUAAUGCGGUACAUCAAAGGUCUGGAGUACCAAAUCAGCGGAAACGAGAUUUGGAGCAAGACCACGCUCCGGUACAAUGCACCUACCACCGGGUAG